AUGGAUGUUGCUGUUAGAGUCAGUCUUUGCGUAUCGCAUUGCGUCGAAGCGAUUGAAGCUGACGACGAUCACCUCAGUACUGCGAAACUCGAAGAACACCGCAAGCAGAUUCUGAGUGUUUUGGCCUCGAUACCGUCUUCCUAUACGAACACCGAUUUGGAAACUGUUGCUGCUCAGAUAUAUCUUUCUCAUUGUCUUGCUAGAAAACCGAACACAGUUUUUGUCAACACAUUUCUACAAGAUGAAGUCCAUGAUUUCCGUAACAUCGGCGCUAAACAGAGCCUGAAAGCAAAAAAAGUUGUUAUUCUGUAUUCGAACACGGUCGGUACUUUGUGUGGUGCGGUCGCAAAGAAAUACCGUGGUAAGAAUGUUUGCAUCGCCUUCGAUUUCUCACUAGCACCAACGCAAGAGCUGAGAGGAUCAUCUCUGGAUUUUCGACUCACAUCUUAUGGUUAUGGCGGUUGUCGCUUCGUCAUUCCAUUAGAUAGCACGUCCAUUUUCCGAAGCGACAUUCCUGCCGCAGUGAGCUCCUGCAUCACACGCACUCUUGACAUUUUUACGGAAUCCAUCACUCUUUCCAUGAGUACCAUACGUUUGCAUCCAGCCUACAUUCAUCGUCUUGCAUAUGAUGCUUCUCCUACUGUUACAACCGAAAAAGAAUUGCCUGCACCAAAACCUAUAUCACCAGCGCUCCAUCUCGGCCCUAUGAAUAUCAUAUGUCGACUUUGCUUUGCUGUCUCUUUCAAAGGGAAACCCAAGUCUCUAUGCUGCAAUGCUGGAGUGAAUAUAGUGCCCGAGCAGGUUUUAUCGCUUAAAAGGGAUGACACAUUGAAUUGGUUGUGGGUGGAAGCACGCUCUAAUGAAAAGCUCUAUUAUAUGUUCCGUGCCCUCAACAACCUUGUUGCUUUUGUUGGUCUGAGUAUGAAUAUGCGCCAGUUUCCUACAGGAUUCGGACAAUUACCAUUGGUUGUACAGGGAACAGUGGAUGUAGGAAUUUGUCACCUAAACCCAGACUCGGCUAUAGCAUCGUUUGCUCAGCUCUACAUUUGCGAUGAUUACAAGUCCAGACAUUCGUUGAAUGAAACCAUGUCUGAGUGGAAGAUGAAAAUUGAUUACGAGCUUGUUGAAAAGAUAAUCACUAUUUUGCGGAAGGACAACGUAAUUGCCAGAGCUUACCAGUCAAUUUAUGAGGUCUACCUUGCUGAAGCCAAUGCAUUGCGCAUCAAGGAUGAAGACGUCUUACCACAAAUUCUGAUGAACUUGAAACACAAACGAGAGCUACCAGAUACUGUAUCGUCCAAUACUCAUGAAGCACGUUUGAAUGUACCUAAGGUAGACAAUGUGGUUGCAGCUAUAUAUGUUUGUCGCAACGGUGUCUUCCCCACUGAGGACGAACUCGAUAAAGGAUUGCGUGUCUACAGUAGAGGAGGGCAAUCAAUUGCCGCUUAUCAUAACAACAAUAUUGAUGCCAUGUCAUACCCUCUCUACUUCCCCAAGGGUGAGCAAAGCUUCGUGCGCGAAAGCUUGCCGAAGUUAACUCGAAAGCGAACUGCUCCAGUUGAUAUCACUGCGGAUGAAUCACAUCAGACGGAUUUAUUUUUCUCCGAUGACCAAGACAAAAAUGACCAAACGGAUUCUCCUUCCCCUAAAAUUGAGGCGGACCUUCUUUCUGCCAUCGGUAGGAACACCACACAAAUCAGAGGUACCAAAGCCACAACACUGUACACUUACUUGGAUCAGCAACUACAGGACAAGGGUUUCAAGCUCGGCAAAUUCAUAAAUUUGCCCCGUUACUUUGUUGGCAGUACGCUAUGGUAUGAUCAGCUUUAUCACAAUGCAAUGGCUGUCGCUCAACGCCUAGGAAAACCUGAUCUUUUUAUAACAUUCACCGGCAACCAGGAUUGGCCAGAGAUACGUGAAAAUCUGGUGACUCGUUUUGAUUCUUGGAUAACCGAUCCCCUUCUUUGCGCGAGGGUGUUCAGACUUCGUCUGCAGAGUUUCAUCAAAGAAAUUGUCGACAAGAAGGUGUUUGGAGAAGUACUUCCUUUACAGUAA